AUGUCCCUCCGCAUCACCCCGAACAUGCUGUCCAAUGCAGAAAAUAACAUGAAGAAUGCAGUUGUUGGGAAGAUGGCGGCCAAGCCAGGACUGCGGCCCCGCACUGCCCUGGGUGAUAUCGGGAACAAAGCUGAUACAAAGAUUCCCCUGAAGAAGGAACAGAAACCGGCUGUGAAAGUCGUAAAGAAAGUGAAGCCGGCAGAGAAGAUUCCGGAGCCAAAGAAAGUGAAGGAGGAAGCCGUCUGUACAAAGCCACAGCCUGUAGAGGCUCCUGGCUCCCCCAGCCCAAUGGAGACGUCGGGCUGCCACCCGGAUGAGCUGUGCCAGGCCUUCUCAGAUGUCCUCAUCCAGGUGAAGGAUGUGGAUGGUGAUGACAAUGGGAACCCAAUGCUGUGCAGUGAAUAUGUGAAGGACAUCUACUGCUAUCUGAGGAGUCUGGAGGAAGCCCAGGCGGUGAGGCCCAACUAUCUCCAAGGCCAGGAGGUGACGGGAAACAUGCGGGCGAUUCUCAUAGACUGGCUGGUCCAAGUGCAGAUGAAGUUCCGCCUUCUGCAGGAAACCAUGUUCAUGACGGUUGGGAUCAUUGAUCGGUUUUUGCAGGAUCAUCCAGUUCCUAAGAACCAGCUCCAGCUGGUGGGGGUGACGGCCAUGUUUCUUGCUGCAAAGUAUGAAGAGAUGUAUCCCCCGGAGAUCGGGGACUUCACCUUUGUGACAGAUCACACCUACACAAAGGCCCAGAUCAGAGAGAUGGAGAUGAAGAUUCUCCGUGCCCUGAAAUUUGCCAUGGGCCGGCCCCUCCCCCUGCACUUCCUCCGUCGGGCCUCCAAGAUUGGCGAGGUAACGGCAGAGCAGCACAGUCUGGCCAAGUAUCUGACAGAACUGGUCAUGGUGGACUAUGAGAUGGUGCAUUAUCCUCCCUCACAGAUCGCAGCUGCUGCAUCCUGCCUGUCCCUGAAGGUCCUCAAUGGUGGGGACUGGACGCCAACGCUGCAACACUACACCAUGUAUUCCGAAGACUCUCUGCGCCCCAUAAUACAGCACAUGGCCAAGAAUGUUCUGAGGGUCAACAAAGGACUCACAAAGCACAUGACUGUGAAGAACAAGUAUGGUAGCAGCAAACAGAUGAAGAUCAGCACCAUUCCUCAGCUGAGGUCAGAGGUCAUUGCCGAGCUGGCGCGGGCUGUGAUGCCAUAA